AUGGCACCAGCAAGGAAACUACAAACGCCCCAUUUCGGAGCGAUCCCGCCCUAUGCCCACCAUGCCAUCACUACCCAUAUGCCGGGCUGGGACAACCUGCUGCGGAUCAUGGAAAAGGACGUGACGCUCUUGAGGCAGAUAACGAGUAUUUAUCCGAGGAUGAUGUUGCAUAGGGAUAUCGAGAGUCUUAACGCUGUCGUCGUGGAGAAAUUCGGCAAAGAGGGGGAGGACGUGCUGCUUUUCUCCGCGCCCGAAUCCGUCACCUCAUGUCAGGCAUUUGUCACCUCGCCCGCCCACGGCCUCGACUCCGUCUCCGCCUCAGACGUCACCACGAAAGUCCUCGAUUCGAAUGUUCGUCUCUACGCCAUCUUCUUCCCCGAGCUGGAGACAUCGCUCUUCAUGCGCUUCUGGAUGGACGCUGGCGUAGGCAUCUCAUCUCGCUUAGCCGAGUCAGCGCUUCAACACCUCGACCUUCUGCAUGAAGUCCUCGAUCCGGAUUCCGAGUCGGAGCCGAAGGUUGAAGUCUCACCCGCCGAUGCGAUGUUGAGAGACCGCAUCGCAGGACUGCUGGAACGCGCGCCUGUUGAGCCGGCGAGAGCGGCCAAGGUGAAAAAGGACGAUGUCUAUCUUUUCCAGACGGGCAUGUCGGCUAUCUAUACAGUGUACCAGUACCUGCUCAGUAAAUACAAGGCUAAGACCGUUCUCUUCGGGUUUGCGUUCCACAGCACCCCGCACGUCCUUGAGGAUUUCGGACCAGGCUAUAAGUUCUUCGGGCUAGGUACCGCGGAUGAACUCGUUCUUCUCGAAGCGUACCUCGAGGAGGAGCGAAAAGAGGGCAGAAAGACCCAGGCGCUGUGGGCGGAGUUUCCCGCUAACCCGCUGCUUGUGACGCCUGAUUUGGCGAAGUUGAAAAGCCUGGCCGACGAAUAUGGGUUCUUGCUGGUAGUUGAUGACACAUUGGCUAGUUUUUGCAACGUGGAUCUGUUGGGCGUAGCAGACAUCGUGGUGUCGAGCUUGACGAAGUCGUUCUCCGGAUAUGCAGAUGUUAUGGCCGCUUCCGCUGUGCUCAACCCGUCGGCGAAGAGGUAUGAGGAGUUGAAGGAGCUGUUUGAGAGACAGUAUGUUAAUCGGUUUUGGGGCGGGGAUGCGGAGGCGCUGGAGGUGAACAGUAGAGAUUACCUGGAGAGGUCAAUGAAGCUGAAUAGGAAUACUGAGACGCUGGUAGGAUAUUUGCAGAAUCUGGUUGGGAAUAAGAAGAGCAGUGUGAAGAAGGUGUAUUGUACGAAUACUAGCGAAACGCUGAAGAACUACAAGGACCGUAUGCGGCCGCCCACCGCGGACUUUACGCCGGGCUUUGGAUGUUUGUUCAGCGUCAAGUUCAAAAAGCCGGAGGCGAUCAAGGCGUUCUACAACAACCUCAACGUGCAUCAAGGACCUCAUCUGGGUGCUCACUUGACCCUGGCGCUGCCGUACGUAAAGUGUUUAUAUGGAAAAGACCAGCUGGAUUGGGCGCAGCAGUAUGAUUUGCGAGAGACGCAGUGUCGGAUCUCGGUCGGACUCGAAGACACAAAGGAGCUGCUGGCUACGUUUAAAGCCGCGUUGGAGUGGGCUGAUGCUAUAGAGCCAGAGUUGUGGAUCUAA